GUUGGAAGCAAUAUUUCCCGAAACUCAGCUGCUUAUGUGACGGACUGUAUUGGCUUCGGACCACUCGCCAUUUUAAUCUGCCAUAUUUGGACUAACACACUGUCAUAAGGCGUUAAUUAUUAUUUUUUAUUUUUUAAGGACCGGACAACGCUCCAUGAUGAUGGAAAUGGAGGUGUUACAUUCCAGUCAACAGGACAUGGAUCUGAUUGACAUACUGUGGAAGCAGGACAUCGAUCUGGGUGCCAGGCGCGAGGUGUUUGACUACAACCACCGUCAGAAAGAGCAUGAGCUGCAGAGGCAGCGGGAGCUGGAGGAGGAGAAGAAGCUCCACUUGAUGCAGGAGCAGGAGAAAGCCCUGUUGGCGCAGCUACAGCUAGAUGAGGAGACGGGAGAGUACAUCCCGCGCCCACCACCCAGCAACCCCCUGUCAGCUGUCACAACCCUAGAGGUUACUCAGAAUGUUGGCUUCACAGAGGAGACUGCUGAUGGCAUGUCAUUGGAUGAAUGUUUGCAGCUACUGGCGGAGACAUUUCAUGUAGAGGAACCUGAGAAUACUUCAGUUUGCAUGGACACACCUGCAGUUUCAGUGCCCACCAGUGUCAACAUCAUGAUGUCCCCCGACCAGCCAGCUCUGUCGCCAGCCUCUGUCUCCUCAGAUCAACUGAAAACACCACAGAAAAUGUCUCCAGAUUUGGAGCAGGCCUGGAUGGAGCUUUUGUCCCUGCCUGAGCUCCAGCAAUGUCUGAACAUGCAAAUGGAGGACACACUGGAGACUACAACAUAUCCUCUUCCAAACAGUUCUGAAGUGCAGAAUCUAAACUACCCAAACCAUCAACUAAUCCAAAGCGCAACUUUUUACCCCAUGACCAAUGUCACAGACGUGAAAACAAACAAUUUAAAUGUUGAUCCUACAGAGUUUAUGAAUACAUUUGAUGACUCAAUUUCCAGUAUGGCUCCAUCUGAUGAUCCCAGUCAUAUGAAGGAGGAGGCCCCUCAGAUAAAUGCGAACCAUAGUGCAGAAGGUUUCUGUGACAUAUUUUAUUUCAACUCCGUGUUGGAAGAGAGCAGCAGUCAGCAUGGCUUUGAAGGAAAUGAAAGUAUGUCUGACAUCCCAAACAAGGCCCCCUUUACACCCGUUGACCUUUACAGUGUGUCACCUGGAGAUACACUCGACAGAGGCAAACAAAAUCUGAAAGCAGAACUUCCAGACUCAGAUUCAGGAAUCUCAACUAAUGCAAGUCCAAAUGCUAGUUCACCUGGCAAAUCUAUGUAUGGAAGCAGUUACAGUGAUUCAGACAUGGAAGAAAUGGACAACAACCCUGGGAGUGCACAAUCUGACUACUCUGAGAUGUUUUCAUUAAAUUUCCAACCCGAUGAUCUUGAGCUAGUAGUACCAAUAUCGGCACCAACUGGGCUGCCUCAGCAGCUAGAUAAGAAACCCGAACAACACAAGGUGGACCUAGCAGAAGAGAGCGGCCACGACAGCACUCCCUUUACCAAAGACAAACCAAAAAAACGCUCUGACGUACGUCUCUCCAGAGACGAGCAGAGGGCCAGGGCCCUCAAAAUCCCUUUCACCGUCAGUAUGAUUAUCAAUCUGCCUGUCGACGACUUCAAUGAGAUGAUGUCAAAGCACCAACUAAACGAGGCCCAGCUAGCCCUGGUCCGUGACAUACGUCGCCGCGGCAAGAAUAAGGUAGCUGCUCAGAACUGCCGCAAACGCAAGAUGGAGAACAUAAUAGGCCUGGAGACUGACCUGGACUCACUGAAAGAAGAAAAGGAGCGUCUGCUGAGCGAGAAGAGCAAGAAUGUGACAGACCUGAAGGAGAUGAAGCGGCAGCUCAACAGCUUGUACCUGGAGGUCUUCGGCAUGUUGAGGGAUGAGAAGGGGAACUCGUACUCUCCAUCAGAAUUCUCCCUCCAGCAGUCAACCGAUGGCAGCAUCUUUCUUGUUCCCCGCAUCAAAAAGACUUUUAAGAGCGAAGGCAGCCACUCAUCUUUGUAACAUGGUACUACGUCUUAGGAUACUAUGCAAUAACUUUGUAGUCAUUCAGCUUUAAGCUUUAGCAGCGUGGCAGAACUAUUGUAUAGUUUUUGCUUACUCCUCUUGAAUGUUGUAAUAUUUUUGAUAUUUUACUUUUUUUUGUACUCCAAUAUCCUCACAGAUUCUUUAACCAAUACUUUGUACAUAUAAACAUCACCUGCUUUUGAGAUAGCAAAGAACGUUACUGUAUAUGUAUAUAUUGUAUAUAUCAUAUUUCUGUGUGCUGAUGAUUGUUUCAAUCAUUACUUCUUUUAUAACUUCCCUUGAUUUGCUGCCUAUUUUUAUUUUUAUCCUGUCUUCUAUGCUUUUCAAUAAACUGUUCAUAUAACUAAG